AUGGGAAACUCGAGUGUCUCGACUUUGCAGAGCCAUCACAAUGCCCUUAGUGGGCAGGCGCACCAAAACGGCAACGGCGAGCCCAUGAUGCACAAGUCAAACUCGCUCAAGGCUGUCAUCAAGUCAGCCACCAGCAAGGGCUCGUCACGUGUCAGCUCCUCCAGCUCCUCUUCCACCUCCCACCACUCCCCCUCCUCCAGAAACUCGUCCAAAUCAAGACACUCCUCCUUGACCGGCCAGCAGCCCACUUUUUCGUCCCAACCGCCCCAACCGUCAAGCCAGCUCAACCCGUCACACUCCAACCCCACGAACAUGUCCACUAAGCCGGUCAAACAGACCGUGUCUGCCUCGGCCACAUCCAGCAGCCUGGACCAAAUCACCCCCCAGGCCCAACAACCACCACCGUCCCAGACACAACAACAACAACAACAACAACAACAACAACAACAAUCAACAACUAAUGGACCCGCGGGGUCGGCCGCCAACGCCCCCUAUUUCGUCAAGGGCCCACACAGGCGCACAGAAGGAGGCCACAUGAUGUGGGACGGCCUGACCACCGUGUCGGACUCGUCGUCAAAGCUCUCGCUGUCGAGACAGACCUCCAACACCUCAGUGGCAACUGCCCGCAGCGGCAACUCCAACCGGUCCGUGCACUCCGAACGAUCCUCGCAUUCUCGACACUCGCAAAAGCCAACACAAAACGCACAGAAUGCGCCCAUGCCGCCACCGACGCCCAUCACGGCAGCCUCUUCGUCGGCACACAACAAACGCAAGUCGUACAAACCGGUCACCAAAAAAAGCACAGAGAACCUCUACUACAACUACUUCACCGAGUUCCUCAACAACUCCAAGGAGUCCGACUCACUCAUCUACGCCGCCACCCGACGAGAAGCAUGGAUUCAGUACCAGCAGUCUGCGUUUGAGGGCUACCAGUCCGAUAUCGCGGAACUGUGGGGCAUGAUGGCGCUUCGUUUCAUUCUCCAUGGAGCCCUGCUCUUCUCUCCAGGCUCUCUGGCCCUCAAGAACUCAUCCGACACCAAAAACGUGCUCGAGUUCCAGGGCAUCACAAAGGAACAGUGGUCGUGGCAACUGGCCUUCGAUUUCCCCGACGCUAUGGUCUACGGCUACGAGUGGCAGCUGGGAACGGUCCCGCAGUCACGAGGAGGAGGAGGACCUGCUAACUACAUUCAGGUGACCGGUAAAUCUCUGGAUAAGCUGCCGUUUUCAGACAAUUACUUUGAUAUCAUUUCCGCAAAGUGUCUGUGGUACCUGAUUCAGAGUGACCAGUGGGUGCCCCUGUUCAAGGAACUCAGACGGGUGCUGAAACCGGGAGGAUAUAUCGAGACGCUCAUCUGCGACUUUGCCCAAAUCAACCCUAAUCCUCUGGAGGAAAAGUACUGGUCUCGGCUGACCAACGCUCUACGUGCUCGACGAAUGCAUAUCGAGCCCUCUCAGCAUGUCGCUUCACAUCUCAACGCUGCUGGGUUUCACAACAUCCACAGAGCGUACACUGCCUUACCUCGAGCUUGGGGCGGUAGAGUCGGAGAUCUAACUGAUCUUCUCACCAUGUUCUUCUCCACGACGCUCAUGAUUCAUUUUGGAAACCUCAACAAUGAGGAGCGCAAGGACUACUGCCGACUGAUGGCCGACAGAGGCAGUGGAGCCAAAAUUAACACCGCCUACAAAUUCAUGGCGUGUUACGCUCAGAAGCCAGAGUAG